AUGGCACUGAACGAUUUCUUCGCCGGCGAGAUUGCAACGGAGCUAAUAAAAAUGCUAAUGACAAUAUCUCGUAAAUCCCUUUUAUGCAGAUCAAGCGCCGAACAACUCCUCAAUUACAUCAACGAACUCCUCCCAACAAUCCAAGAAAUCAAAUACUCCGGCGUCGAGUUACCGGAGCAACGGCAGUUUCAGCUCGACCAUCUCUCCACGAUUCUCCGCUCCGGCGUUGAACUCUCUCACAAAGUUCUCUCUUCAAGCCGCUGGAAUGUUUACAAGAAUCUUCAAUUAGCAAAGAAAAUGGAAAAACUUGAAAAGAAUGUUUCAAAGUUCAUACAGGGUCCCAUGCAGGCUCAUAUAUUGGCUGACGUGAGUCAUACUCGGUUUGAGAUGGCCGAGCGGUUCGACCGGGUCGACGCGGCCAACCGGAAGUUGGAGGAGUAUUUUGAUGCUAUGAAGAUUGGUGUUGGAGGUGGUGGAUGGGUGGAGGAAGCUGUUAGGUCUUGUAUGGAGGAAUAUGAUAAUUUGAAUGUUGAGGGUAAUUGUGGAAAUUUGAAUUUGAAUUUGAAUUUGAGUGUUGGUUUGGAUUUGGGGAAGAAGAAAGUUAAGGAGAAAGUUACUGGAAGAGAUGAUUUAUGGGUUGUUGGUAUUUGUGGAAUUGGUGGAUCUGGGAAAACUACUCUUGUUAGAGAGGUUUGUAGAGAUGAACAAGUUAGACGUUAUUUUAAGGAGAGAAUCUUGUUUUUGACUGUUUCACAAUCUCCAAAUGUGCAGCAGCUUAGGACAAAGAUUUGGGGACACAUAAUGGGAAAUGGAAGCUUGAAACCAAAUUAUGUUGUUCCUCAAUGGAUACCACAAUUUGAAUGUAGAAGUGAAGCUAGAACCUUGGUUGUUCUAGAUGAUGUUUGGUCACUCUCAGAUCUUGAACAACUUGUGUGUAGAAUGACUGGUUGCAAGUUUGUUGUGGUUUCAAGGUUCAAAUUCCCAACAAUAUUCAAUGCAACUUAUGAUGUUGAAUUGUUGAGUGAAGAGGAUGCUCUGUCUUUGUUCUGUCACCAUGCUUUUGGACAGAAAUCAAUCCCUUUAUCAGCUAAUGAGAGUUUGGUCAAACAGGUUGUGAGUGAAUGUCAAAGGCUUCCAUUGGCUCUUAAAGUGAUUGGAGCUUCAUUGAGAGAUCAAACUGAAAUGUUUUGGGCAAGUGUUAAAAACAGGUUAUCUCAAGGCCAAUGUAUUGGAGAAUCACAUGAAAUUAACCUAAUUGAAAGAAUGGCAAUAAGUAUCAACUACUUAAGAGAAGAGAUCAAGGAGUGCUUCUUAGACCUUUGUUCAUUCCCUGAGGACAAAAAAAUCCCUCUUGAUGUUCUCAUCAAUAUGUGGGUUGAAAUCCAUGAUAUUGAUGAGAAAGAUGCUUUUGCUAUUGUUGUUGAACUCUCCAAUAAAAAUCUUCUCACUUUGGUGAAAGAAGCACGUGCCGGUGGAAUGUACAGCAGUUGCUUUGAGAUCUCAGUUACACAGCAUGAUGUACUUAGAGACCUUGCGCUUAAUUUGAGUAAUCGCGCGAGCAUUAAUGAACGUCGGCGAUUAGUUAUGCCUAAAAGAGAGAAAGGACUCCCUAAAGAGUGGUUGAGACACAAACACAGACCAUUCGAAGCUCAAAUUGUUUCAAUUCACACAAGUGAAAUGAAGGAAAUGGAUUGGUGUAAUCUAGACUUUCCAAAGGCUGAAGUGUUGAUUAUAAAUUUCACAUCAAGUGAUUACUUUUUACCUCCUUUCAUAGAUAGAAUGCCAAAUUUGAGAGCAUUAAUAAUAAUAAACUAUAGUGCAUCGUAUGCAUGCCUUCACAAUGUUUCAGUUUUCAACAAUUUGACCAACUUGAGAAGCUUAUGGCUUGAAAAAGUUUCCAUCCCUCAAUUUGGAGACAUUUUGAUGAAAAACUUAGGCAAAUUAUUUAUAGUCUUAUGUAAGAUUAAUAAAAGUCUAGAGGAUAAACAGGUAAACAUGGCUCAAAUAUUUCCUAACCUCUUUGAACUCACUCUUGAUCAUUGUGAUGAUAUUACUGAAUUUCCCUCAAGCAUUUGUAGGAUACAAUCACUCCAAAACUUGAGUCUCACCAAUUGUCACAAUUUGUCUCAACUUCCUGAUGAAUUAGGCAGACUAAGGUAUCUAGAGAUUCUCCGACUAUACGCUUGUCCGAAUUUGAAGUCGCUUCCUCCUAGUAUAUGUGACAUGAUUAGAUUGAAGUAUAUUGACAUUUCGCAAUGCGUUGACUUGUCGUGUUUCCCUGAAGAGAUUGGUAAAUUGGUAAGUUUGGAAAAGAUUGAUAUGAGGGAAUGCUCCAUGAUUAAAAGUGUACCAAAGUCUGCUAUUUCAUUGAAGUCUUUAAGGCUUGUGAUUUGUGAUGAGGAAGUGUUUGAUAUGUGGAAGGAUGUGGAGAAGGCUAAGCCAAAUGUUCAUAUUCAAAUAUCAGAACAAUACUUUGAUUUGGAAUGGCUUAGAGAGUGAAUGGUUUCUUAUGUUCUUGUGAUGUUUGCACACAAAAUUAUUGUAAGACUUGUCCAUAAUUGUAUUUAAUGGAAAUUAUCUUCUUCAUAAACUAAAGAGGUGAAAAUUAUGGCAUAGUCUUUUUGUUA